AUGCUGCACUUCAGCCAUCCGGUGGUGCACCCCUCCCCGCCGGUGGUGGGACAGGGGCAGGCGGAGGUGGAGAUGGUGCCGCCGGCCCAGGGGCAGGCGGUGCAGGUGGAGGUGGCGAACGGGGACGGGAACGCGCCUGCUGGGGUGAUCAUGAGGGACCCGUGGACGCGGUGCGGCCUCGUGUUCCGCCUCCUGCAGGCCGCCUUCGCGGCCGCCGCGCUCGCCGUCAUGGCCUCCACCGACGACUUCUCCUCCGUCACCACAUUCCGCUACCUCGUAGCAGCAGCGAGUGUGCAAUGCCUGUGGAGCCUCGCCGUGGCCAUUCUGGAUGCCUAUGCAAUUGUUGUCAAACGUUCCUUCCGAACUGCCCGCGCUGUCAUCAUACUUGCCCUCGGGGACUGGCUGGUCCUAACGCAUGCCUCCAUCCUCCACGCCUCGCGCCAUCCUGGGUACUCCGCCUUCCCUACGCAGCCUGUACGCCUCCGGCAACAUGUACGCCUCCGGCAGCCUGCCGCCAGCCGACGCCGCACGCCCUCACCUGUUGUCGCACGCAAGGACGAGCACCCUGUACGCACGCCCUGCCUCAACCCCACAACAAACGGCGCCCUCGUCUCCACAGAGCGUGUACAGGUUAUCCAUUGCCGCUGGCACAUUGCCGAAACUGCCCACCACGCCAUGAAGUUGUUGCUGAAGGAUCAUAUUCAUAUCAGGGUUGCUAUGUUUCUUUUCCCUGCAUCAGUACAGCAAGUUUGGUCACGGAUUCUCUGAACUUUCUUUGAAGACAGCAGUAUGCUGAGUUCUAUACGAGACUUGCUCCGUUUGUUUUAUAGAUCAGCUUCAACCUUCAUUAUUCUAAAUUGGCGAUAGCAAACUGGAUAUUAUUUUCCUUACGGUUUGCUGUAGGACUAUCGAGGUGGCUGCCCCACUCAGGGAGGUAGUGCUCGGCGCCGGCGAACCCUCGCCUCCCGACCAGUGCCACCACCAGUGGCGGAGCUUGAAAGAAAUCUUUGGAGGGGCGAAGCUGUAA